ACAGCUGACAGUUGAGAGAACUGGGUUAGGUUAGUUGUCCGGUCACUCUCAGUUUGGAGUUCAGUUAUCGACUUGGCCUAUAUUCACAGUUCAGCACUCCGGGAGGGAAGACUCUUUAUGAAUCCAACAAAAAGACUCUGCAGUGACCAUGCUGAAAAUAUCCGAAGCGACACUUUGCCUUUGUUUGUUGACUCUAUUGGAGUUAACUGUUUUCUUGGGGACUUGCUCGCCGGCUAACGUCAGAAGUUUUGAUGAGGAUGCUUUCACCAUCCAGCACUCGAGCACGGGGAUGUGCCUGGGUACGGGGGCUUCGGCAGACUUGAGUCUCACCUCCUGUGACCCAAACAGCAAGUCCCAGAUGUGGAAGUGGGGUUCAGGCCAUCGUCUCUUCCAUGUGGCCACCUCCUUCUGCUUGGCAUUGGAUGUCCGCUCCAAGACCUUGUCCCUGGUUGACUGUGGCUCAAACAUCCUACUGUGGUGGCGUUGCCUGGACGGGGCUGUUUACACUGUUUACCAGAUGGGCCUGGCGGUCAGCGAUGGCAAAGUUGCUGCCAAACGGGACACCGUUGACACUUGGCAAAGAGGAGAAUCCCAGGACAACAUCUGUCAGAAGCCAUAUCGUGUUGUCCACACCACCGGUGGGAACUCUGCCGGCCUUCCCUGUGAGUUCCCCUUCAAAUACAACGGCAGCUGGCAUCAUGGAUGCCUCCCAGAUGCAGAUUUCCCUGGACUGUCCUGGUGUGCCACCUCAUUGGACUAUGAGCAAGACAGAAAGAAGGGACACUGUCUAAUACCUGAGGAGGGUUGCCAGACUCUGUUUGCCGGGCCAGAAGGGGAAUUCUGCUAUGAGUUUGUUUCUAGUGCCGCGGUUUCCUGGCAGGAAGCUUUGGAUUCAUGUCGCAGUCAGGGAGCUGAUCUGCUAAGUGUGUCUGGGCCAGAACUCCUCUCCAAAACCUUUUCAGAUGGCUUCGACAGAAUGCCUGAAAGGAUGUGGAUCGGCCUUCACCAGCUAGACACUUCUCAGGGCUGGCAGUGGUCAGAUGGCUCCCCUCUCUCCAUCCUGCGCUGGGAAACCAGUGAUGGUGAAAUGCUAUCCACCUCCGUGAUUAUUGAGUCAGACUGUGGAGUACUGAACUCCAAACUCAACUAUGAAUCUGAGUCGUGCAACAAACGGCUGCCAUACAUCUGCAAGAAGAGUUUCAACGCCUCUCACACAGCAGCAACAGAGUCUUCGAUAUAUAAAGAAACAGUGUGUGCAAACGAUUGGGUCCCAUGGAACGGCUGGUGUUACAAGUUAGUCAAGGACAAACCUCAAGCCUUUACAGAUGCCACUCUGCACUGUAACAAGACAGAGGGAGGAGGCUUUCUGGCCAGCUUCCACUCUGUUGACACCAAAGAGAUGGUCAGCACUAAUUUCCAUGCCGAUGGCCAGUUUUUGGACGUGUGGAUUGGUCUGAUUGGUAUCGGCAUGAACCCAACUGUCUUCAAGUGGAUGGACCAGGCACCUGUCACCUUCACCUACUGGGGCCCAAACCAACCAAUUCAACCAGCUCAGGAACCCAGCUGUGUUUUCUACUCUGGAGAGUCUCAUGGUUGGCAGGUUGGGAACUGCACCCAGAGGCUACCUUUUAUGUGUCAGAAGAAAGGAGAAGUCAAGGAAUCAGAUGUGCUUCCUGGAUGUCGCAUUGAGGAUGGUUGGAGGAGGCACGGCAACUCUUGUUAUCAAGUGGACACCAAACAAGUAUCCUACAAAGAUCGCUGUAACAUCACUAUAAGAAACAGGUUUGAGCAGGCCUUUAUCAGUAGUCUGCUCGGGGAGCAUAUCAGCAGGGAACCACAGUAUUUUUGGAUAGGGCUGCAGGACAUUAAGAACACAGGGGAGUACCAAUGGCUGAGCCAAGAUGGGUCCCCAGGUGUGGUUACAUACACCAACUGGGGCUGGUUUGAACCAGAUCGGGAUGGAGGUUGUGCAGUGAUGUCCACGAGAAAACCCCUGGGCAAGUGGGAGGUGAAGAACUGUACCAUUUUUAAGGCUGGCACCAUUUGCAGAAAAGACCUCAGUCCACCUUCACCCCCAGAACCAGAGCCAAACCUCAACGCAACCUGUUCUGAUGGAUGGGUGUCCAGACCAGACAUCAAAUACUGUUACAAGGUGUUUCAUGAGGAAAGGCUGAGCAGGAAGCGCUCCUGGGAGGAAGCUGAGAGGUUCUGUCAGGCUCUGGGAGCCACCCUGCCCAGCUUCACAAAUAAUGGUGAGAUGAGGGCCCUGCACAGCAUCAUGAGAGAAACCAUCAGUGAUAAUCGUUACUUCUGGGUUGGCCUGAACAGGAGAAACCCAACCGAUCGCUCCUGGCAGUGGAGCAAUGGCCAGCCUGUAUCUAUGGAUGUUUUUCACCACAAUUUCCUUGAAGAUGAUGCAUACAGUCGGGACUGCACUGCAUUCAAGACAUCGAAGAGCACCUUGAAACAACUGUUUGUGUUUCUGCUCCACGACUUACCCCCGCCUCCUUUCUACGCCACACCUUUUCAUUGUGACGCCAAGCUAGAGUGGGUCUGCCAAAUACCCCGUGGAAAGACACCAAAGAACCCAGACUGGUACAAUCCCGGUGGGCACCAUGAGACAUCAAUCUUCAUAGAUGGAGCAGAGUUUUGGUUCGUGAAGGAGCCUAAGCUAACUUUUGAGGAGGCAAAGCUCUUCUGCAGUGCGAAUGACAGCAAACUGGCUGCGCCUCUCAGCUCAACCGCUGCCGUACAGAUCCACCAGUACCUGAAAGCUAUAUCAAGUUCUCCCAAGCAAAGCUGGUGGAUCGAUUUGAGAGAGCCUGGCCGGAUAUUCCCCAUGUCGUACACCCAGAUGUACUUUUAUCAUUCAGUUUUCCUGGGCAGAUGCACCUCUAUCACUCCUGAAAACUUCUUUCCAGAACAAGGGCACAAUUGCCGGCAGCGAUUGUCAUUUGUGUGUGAGAAACACAACAUCACGUCAGUGGAGGUGAACCCACUGGAGCCUCGGCCUGGAGGACUGCCCUGCGGAAACUCCAGUCUGUCCUUCAGAAACAAGUGCUACACACUGAUGAGGAGCAUGAAGCCUUUUUCAUUCAAGUAUGCCAAUGAGGAAUGCCAGUCAGUGAGGGGAACCCUGGUCACUGUAUCUGAUCAGGUGGAGCAAGAUUUCAUCACCACCCUUUUGCCAAGCAUGAUAAACAUGGAAAGGAUAUGGAUUGGUCUGAAAAUCAAGCGUGACGACCCUGAGUGGAUGGAUCAGUCCCCAGUUAACUACGUCAAUUUUAACCCCCUGCUUCUGGGCAUGCACAGGGCUAUAAAAGUCAAUACAUGGGAUCCAGAGAGUAUGGAUUUGUGUGUGUUUAUGAUCAAUAACCCCAACUCUGCCAUGCUGGGUACCUGGGACUAUUCUUCCUGCACACAAUAUCAACAUUUGUCCAUUUGCCAGCACUAUGCAGAUAAGCUCGAGGCCCCCCGCGUCCCCACAGAGCCCUUCCAUGUCAAUAACCACACCUUCCUGCUGCUUGUCAAAAAUCUCACCUGGUUUGAGGCCUUAGAGCAGUGCAGAAGUAAUAACAUGGACCUUGCGAGUGUUGCCAGUACACUCCUGCAAUCCACCCUCACUGUGCACGUGAGCCGUGCACACACGCCCAUGUGGAUUGGCCUCUUCAGCGAAGACGAUGGGAUCCACUACCGCUGGACCGACCACAGUCACACUGUAUUCAGUCGCUGGUCCUCCGAUAUCACCAGAGGCUCAUGUGUCUACCUGGACACGGAUGGCUUCUGGAAAGCCACCGAGUGUGAGGAAGAGCUGGGAGGCGCUAUCUGCCACAAACCACAUGAGGAAAUCAUCACCACACCAGAGGAUGUUGCAGUGAAGUGCCCCCAUAAGAUUAACGGUGCAAACUGGAUCCCCUUCAAGAACAACUGUUACUCCUUCCAGCUGGUUGCCUCUAGGUGGGACCAGUUUGACCAUGGGCUGAUUCACAGUACCUGCAAAAAACUACAUGCAGAUGCAGACAUCCUAACCAUCCGAAACGCAGAGGAGAACGAGUUUAUCAAGCAGCAGCUCAUACCGUUUCAGAACUUGGUCCAGUUUGUUUGGCUGGGACUGUUCAAAGAUGACAACGAUAACCAGAUGAAGUGGUAUGAUGGCACAAAUGUCCAAUAUUCCAACUGGGCAAAGGGCCGACCAGAUGUAGACGGACCAUUCUUGGCUGGUCUCACCGUUAACGGCAACUGGAUUCUCAUGUCAAACUCAAACUUAUUCCCUGAGUUCAAACAAAGGUCCAUUGUGGCCUGCAAACUGGACAAUGAACCAAAACAGCAGUACAACCAGUCAUCCAAGGAUUUUCAACACUACGGCAACUUAACUUACGAGGUUGUCACCCUAAAGCUGAGUUGGUACCAGGCUCUGGAAGAGUGUGGUCAGCGGGGAGGCCACCUGGCAAGUGUCCACGACAUCCAGCACAGUGCACAUGUGAAUCUCAUUGCCAAGACUGACGGCUACCCGCUCUGGAUUGGCCUUUCGAACCAGGAUGUCGGUGGCUCAGCGUAUGAGUGGUCCGAUGGAACGAGAUUUGACUACAAAGCCGCCAUCUCUGACUCACAGCAGAGCUCCAGCUCAGACAAAAAAGAGCCCAGCUGUGUUUUUGUAACCCCUGCUGGAGCCUGGGUGGGGACCAGCUGCAAUACAUUGGUAGACGGAGCCAUCUGCUACACCACCACAAUCUCCACUGCGUCCCAGAGAGCCAGACUGCAGGCUGCCCCAGAGGCCAAUCACUGCCCUCAGAGCAACGGUGUGUCCCAAUGGGUGCAGCACGAAGAUCACUGUUACGCCUUCAACAUGAGCUUCUACAACUACAGCGUGUACAGCAUGGAGCAGGCCAAGAGCAUCUGUCAGAGCAUGGAUGCUCAGCUGCUCACCAUAAAAACCACAGAGGAGAACGACUUUGUGUCCAAGUACAUGUAUGAUGACCAUCUCAUCACCAGCCGAGUAUGGCUGGACAUGGUCCUCGAUUCUCAAGGCAAACCUGUAUCCUGGCAGGAUGGCUCAGCUGUGGUUUACUCUAACUGGAAUUCUGAGGCCUUGGCUACUGGGAAGGCGUCGGAGCCCCAGUGCGCCGUCAUGAUGGCGGGUGAAAAAGGAGUGUGGAAUCUUGUUAGCUGCGAGGCUAGCCACAGUCGUGUUGUCUGCAAAACUGAAGCAAAGUCUUCAGGCUCCCCUGUGGCACUGGGUCUGCUCAUCGUGGUCCUCAUCUCUCUCCUUUUAACCACCGGCUUUAUCAUCUAUAAGAAGAAAAGAGCCCACUUCUCUUCCACCGUCCGCUAUGAGAGGACUUUUGAUGAAUCGGACACCACUAGCAUUAUAACAGAUGCUGACUGAGCGUGCUUAAGUAAUCAGCCUCAGGGAGUAUCGAUGUGCCUGCCUCGAGUGCAUUUAAGUCAUUUUCAGCAAGAGCAGAUGCAGCCUUCCCCUUUUAUAAAUUAUUUAUUUAUCCUGCUCAAGCGUCCAAACCCUCUAGAAUUAUGUGUAAAACUGUAAAUAUUGUUGGAGAAUUGUGAAUAUCUGCCAAAACUGAGUUUCUUAAUUUGGGUUAUUUUAGAUUGUCUUUGAUGAGAGCCCUGUGUUAUACCUAAUGUAAAUACUCGGGCUGAUGCUCUCUGGUAUGUGUUGAUCAUUGACUUUAGUGGGAUGUUAGAGUUAUGGGUUGUUGUUUUUUUGUUUUUUGAGCUUGUAAGAAGAUUUUGAGUUGGUUUAUAGAAAUAUGCAUCCUGACACAACACUCCUCUUUAGCCCUUUAGCCUUACACAGGGGUUAAAAUGCACUGAUGUACAAGUGACUCCAAACUAUCAGCAACAAAAUGUGCAUUUACUGAAUCAUACUAUAAUGUAUAUACCAUUACUCAAUCUAUUCCAGUUUUAUUUUUUAACUUCAGAAGGUUUGAUCUUCACAAUGUUUCAAUUGAUACAUCAGUAGACUUACUAAAGGCCAGUUCACUUGAAAACACGGUAAACAGUAUUAUAUAUCUGGUUUCUUCUUUACAUACUCACAGUACUGCCUCUCAAUGUGAUUCGGUUUAGAACUAGUUUCUACCAAAGCACGCCCGUAACUGUCCAAAGCAAAUGGAAGAAACUAAGUACUGUGGAUUAAACAUUGAACUCCACUUUAUUGGCCUGAGCUACAGCUAAUAUCAUCAAACCUCAGCAAAUCACACUAAACUAUCUGGUCAAGAACAUACAUGUGUGUUUUUAUUUGGACUGUGCCUUUAGACAAAGAGAAACACAGACUGUGCCUUUUAACAUCAUGACUGCAGAAGAAAUGGGAGUUAUUAAGCGACUGGAUUAGGAAUUUUCAAUGUAUUUACUGUUGCCUAUUAAUACCUAACAGUAUGUUUUAGUUGUCAAUCUGGACGUGAUGAAAUUUUAGUCCUGCUGAUUAGUUUUAAAGUGUAGGACACUGUCUUAGCCACCGAAUGAAUCAGACAACUCUUUGUAUCAUUUGUCUGUUUAUGUAGAUCAGACUUUCCUAUGCACUUAACUACUGAGCAAGAACGCACUUUAAUACGUCGUGGAGCUACAGUUCCUACCAUGUUUAAGCACAAUGAGGUUUGGAGAGUUUUAAAGACGUUCAGAUUGCACUGCCAUUUGCUGUGAAUGCUUUGUAAAUAUGUGAUGUUUGUUUUAUAACUGAGAAUGAACCAAAGAUGCCCCGAGUCGUCUGAAUGUCAAAAGCCUGAGCUUUCCUGUGUUUGCGGUACAGCCUCAGUGUGGCUCGGUAACCCAUUCAUAUCAAGUUGUAAACCAAAUGUUUUGUUUUUUUUUAAACUUUCUCACCACUCCUAAAGAGAUCUGUAAACUCAAAUCAGGUACAGCAUCCUUCCAAUAAAUGUUUCUGUCUUCCAAGA